UGCGGCCGGGUGCCCUCCACCGCCGGGUUCUGGGGCCUGUCGCCGCCCGCACCCUUCCAGCCUGCUCCCGGGCACCUCAGGUUCCCUCCGCAGCUAGCCUGGGACCGGUGUCACGGACGGGAGAGUUCCCCUCUGAUGAGUGUGUAGUGCUGUGCCUCCGAGGAGAAGUGGGAGACCUCUUCCUCUCCGGACUAGCACGCUUCAAGCCCCUAGCGACAGCCCCUUCUUCCCGCCCUGCCCCGCCUGGGCCUCCCCAGUCUGACACUCGCUCGCAUCUGUAACAGAGCCACGUAUCCGCCCACCCCGUCCCCACCUGUAACUGCCCACCUUCCUGCCCCCGUCCUGCCUCUCGUCUUCAAUGAAGACUGCACCUUCCUCUGGGCAGCACUAUGCGCUGUUUCCUCUUACUACCCUCCCUGCCCCUUCUGCACACACCCCCUAGUCCUCGCCUGCACGUACAACCCGGUUCUCAGCUGGGUUCUCGUAGCCUCCAAGACUGGCAACCCCUGGACCAUCCUUCCUGCCGCGGGCACCCAUGACACUCCUCCACCUGCAAGCAUCCUUCCUGCAGUCGCUCAGGAGGACCUCAGUAACCAGCUUCAUUUCCCAUUCCGGUCUCAGAACUAUAGACUUGAAGCAGAGACCUGGGAACCUGGUCUCAUGGUGUCAGUGGCAUCUGGCUGGCCAGAACUGGCAAGCCCCUAAGACUUAACAAGGGGUCGUGCAUGCAGAGCUGUGUUGGUAGUUCCUCCUCCCUGCCCCUCUUUGGAGCUUCACUGAGGACCAUCUUUCUGGACUGGGCCCCACAGACCGUCCUUUUUGCUGCUCCCCAGAUCUCAACGUGGCAGUCCUGCUGGGACCUGUGAGUCCACAGGCCCUCGCUGCUGACCUCCACCUUCUGUGUGUCCCGAGGCCUGGUGGAAGGUACAUUGGAGGAGCCAGCCUAGUUCUUUCUGGAUAAGACAAGGGAUUUGUGUCACAGAGCACCAGCUAAGUCUCCUUCCCUUUACAGUUGUGACCUUGCUUCCACAGCCUGCAGCUGCUCUGUGGAGUACGUGAGAGCAUUUUUACCCAGCUGCCCAACAGCACACCCCAUCUGCUGUGCCCGCGGAGCAGAGGGUGUGGGAAGAAAGGUCUAGAGUGUGCAGGAGGCAGGUGCCCCCUUUUCACCCUCUGCCUGAACGUGGCAUGUGUACCCGUGGAGCUCUUACAGACACGUGUGACCCUGUCAUCUGAGUCUCCGACCGUCCUUCACUGCGGUGUGGCUGUUCUCAAGGUGGCUGUGCAGGUCCUGCCUAGCGCGCAGUCUGAUGCCCAUCCAGCCCUUUGACCACCGGGAAUGGAAUGAGCCUAUGCACUCCCUCCGGAUCACUGUAGGGGGCCUUCCUGUGCUGGCCUCCAUGACCAAGGCCACAGACCCUCGCUUCCGCCCCCGCUGGAGGGUGAUCCUGACUUCCUUUGUGGGUGCUGCCCUCCUCUGGCUGCUGUACUCCCAUCAUCAGGCCCCAGUACCGGGCAGAUCCCCCGCCCACAAUGCACACAGCCGGAGGUUCAGCCCGGAUCGUGUGUCUCGCUACAAUGACACCUACCCCCUGUCCCUGCCACAGAGGACUCCAGGUGGGACUCGCUACCGGAUCGCAGUCAUUGCUGACCUGGACACAGGGUCCAGGGCCCAGGAGGAGAACACUUGGUUUAGUUACCUUAAGAAAGGCCAUCUGACCCUGUCAGACAGUGGGGACAAGGUGACUGUGGAGUGGGAUAAAGACCAUGGAGUCCUGGAGUCCCACCUGGCAGAAAAGGGGCGGGGCAUGGAGCUCUCUGACCUGAUUGUCUUCAAUGGGAAACUGUACUCUGUGGACGACCGUACAGGGGUCAUCUACCAGAUCGAAGGCACCAAAGCAGUGCCCUGGGUGAUCCUUUCUGAUGGUGACGGAACCGUGGAGAAGGGAUUCAAAGCUGAGUGGCUUGCUGUGAAGGACGAGCACCUGUAUGUGGGUGGCCUGGGCAAGGAGUGGACCACCACCACAGGGGAGGUGAUGAACGAGAACCCCGAGUGGGUGAAGGUGGUAGGCCACAGGGGCAGCGUGGACCACGAGAACUGGGUGUCCAGCUACAAUGCUUUGAGAGCUGCCGUCUGUGCUGUGACCCCAGGCUACCUCAUCCACGAAUCCGCCUGCUGGAGUGACACGCUGCAGCGCUGGUUCUUCCUGCCACGCCGGGCCAGCCACGAACGCUACAGCGAGAGGGCCGAUGAGCGCAAGGGCAGCAACCUCCUGCUGAGCGCAGCCCCAGACUUCAAGGACAUCUCCGUGAGGCGUGUGGGGGAGCUGGUCCCCACACAUGGCUUCUCAUCUUUCAAAUUCAUCCCUAACACUGACGACCAGAUCAUCGUGGCUCUCAAGUCAGAAGAGGACAGUGGCAGGAUUGCCACCUACAUCAUGGCCUUCACGCUAGAUGGCCGCUUCCUGCUUCCAGAGACUAAGAUCGGCAGUGUCAAGUAUGAAGGGAUAGAGUUCAUCUAGAUGAGUAAAGUUCCCAUGCCUGGCAAGGCGUAGGCAAAUCGCCUGAGGCACUGCCAGGACUCAAUUUCAUAAAAACCAGAGGAACACACUUUGACUUGUUUGUUGUUUUCUUUUUUAACUGAGCUGUAUGCCUGGAUAGAGGUUUCCAGAAUAGGAAACUGAGUCCCAGGCCAUGUGACACAGCUUCAGGAGACGUUCUGAAGCUGGGAGCGAGGGCAGGCAGGAGUCCUGUACAGGAAAGGCAGGGUCUCUGCCUACCCAUGCCUCACUCUGCACUGCCACCUUGUGGUAGGGAUUGGUCACUGCUGCAGGUGCCUUUUGAGCACUGGCCUUCAAAAUCCAGCCACGCCUCUCCUUUCCUCCAGCUCUUGCCUUUCCGAGUUCUCUGGCCAGUAAGUAUCUGAGGCAACUGGUGUGCUGAGUCUCAGCCUCACCCUGGGAGCACAAGGCAGUUUGAGGGUGGGCCUGCCAGAUAGGCACUCCAAGGCACCCCUCUUCCUCCUGUGUGCAGACCCUUGGAAAGUAAAUGUUUACACGGCAGGGCAAGGGCCCCACCCCUUGGGACACACCUGCCCACACUGCUGAAAUCAUUCUAGCGCAGGAUUGCUGCUUCCCAUGGCCCUCGGGAGGAUCUGGGGCUCUGCAGGCCUUUGAAUUAUUAACUUAUUUUUAUUAAGGUAAUUUCCUUUUCUACAGAACAGUCACCAAGUCUUAUCACACAGUGAAGGUGGAGUUCCCACAUCUACUCCCUGCAGCAACAGAAUCAUCAACAUAGCUGCAAUGGCGAAAUUAUCUUUUACAGAAAGGGUCUCUGGAUCCUUGGCUUCUGCCUUCUAGCAACUUCAGAAGCUGCCAUGUCUUCCCUUCCCAGCAGUGGCUGAGGGAGGGCUCUAGAGACCUGUCCCUGUUGUCCCCUGCAUUUUUUGCUGGCUCCCAGUGAGCAUUUAGCAGCCUUCUCCUGUUUUCUGUCACUUUCUGUUCAUGCUCAAGAGCAAAGGCUGCAGAGUCAGGGUCAGAGGUUGCCCUGUAGGUAGCAGCCACCUUAGUCAUCCUGCAACGCCCUUAGGCUAGGACACGGGUACUGGCGCAGGCACAGGUCUCUGAUGGCCCUCAUAAGCCCCUUCCUCUGGGAAGCGAGGCAGACCACUGCCACUGGGGCUCUCACUACCCACAUGGCAGCCUGUUGACUGGUGACGGUGACAUCUUUGUGUACUGUCUGUGUGUUGCUGAGAGCUAAGCCAUACCUCUUCGAUGUGUGUCAACUGUGUUCGAGUGUGCUUCUAAACUGAAAGGGAGAAAAUGAACCCUGUGGAGUCAGUGUGACCCUGAGGCAACACAGCACAGCCUUCACCUUCCUUUCCCUGACAGAAGCAGAGUGAUUGUGUCCUUCCCCCCCCUCCAUUUGUUUUGUAAACAAUAAAGUGUCAGGGGAC